AUGGAAGUGAAUGAAGACAAACAGCAACAAUUUCAAAAACCUCCUAAUUUCACAAAUGAAGAUGGAAAUGCAGUUGUUUCACAGACUGAAGAGAAUUUCAUACAGAAACAAGCUGGAAAAUCUGGAGUCUCAUUUUUAUCCUGCUCUGAGUGUGGAAUGUUUUACGUGCACAAAUCAGACCUUAAUAAACACAUGAAAUCUCACACUGGAGAAAAUCUGUUCACAUGCACUCAGUGUGGAAAGAGUUUCACACGUAAAUCAACCCUUAACAGACACACGAGAGAACACACUGGAGAAAGGCCUUAUACAUGCUCUCAGUGUGGAAAGAGUUUCGUUCAUAAAGGACACCUUAAAGGGGGGAUACACAUGAGAGUUCACACUGGAGAAAAACCGUUCACAUGCUCUCAGUGUGGAAAGAGUUUCAGUCGCAAAGUUCACCUAAAUGGUCACAUGUGGAUUCACACUGGAGAAAGGCCUUAUACAUGCUCUCAGUGUGGAAAGAGUUUCAGUCAAAAAAGAAACCUAGAAGAUCACAUGAGGAUUCACACUGGAGAAAAACCGUUCUCAUGCUCUCAGUGUGGAAAGAGUUUUGUUUACAAAAACAUUCUCAAAGAGCAUCUGCUCUCUCACUCUGGAGGGAAGCCAUUCAGCUGUGAUCAGUGUGAGAAAACAUUUGUUUAUUUAUCUAGCUUAAAAAAACACCUUAAAGUUCACACUGGUGUGAAGCCUCACGUUUGUUCUGUAUGUGAAAAGAGUUUUUCGCGACUGGCGACUUUAAAAGUGCAUGAGAGUAUUCAUACUGGUGUAAGACCUCAUUUGUGCUCUGACUGUGGGAAGGCCUUUAUUACAUCAGGUGCAUUAAAACAACACCAAAGAAAUCACACUGGAGAGAAACCGCAGUGCUCUUCAUGUGGGAAGAGUUUCACCCAAUUAUCUACUCUACAGAAACAUAAGAAAAAGCAUUGCCCGAAGACAGCACCAACAGAUCCAGAUCCAGGGACAUACUACACCUGCAGCAACUACAACAGAGCCUGCCGCUCCAAAAUCUGCAAACCAACCACAGAGACUCCUUGA